AUGAAAAGUCUUAUUCCAGUUAUUAAUCAACUUCAAGACGUUUUUAAUACUAUUGGAGUAAAAGGAAUUGACCUUCCACAAAUUGUUGUUGUUGGAUCUCAAAGUGCUGGGAAAUCAUCUGUAUUAGAAAGUAUUGUUGGUAGAGAUUUUCUUCCACGAGGAAGUGGAAUGGUAACAAAAAGACCAUUAAUUCUUCAAUUAGUUAAUCUUCCAUCAACAGAAACAAAAGAAUGGGGAGAGUUUGCACAUAAACCAGGAGUUGUAUAUCGAGAUUUUGAAGAGAUUAAAAAAGAGAUUGAAAAUGAAACAAUACGUCUAACAGGAACAAAGAAAACAAUUUCACCAGUUGCAAUUCGAUUAAAGAUAUAUUCUCCUUAUGUCGUUGAUUUAACAUUAGUUGAUCUUCCAGGAUUAACUAAAAUUUCUGUUGGAAGUCAAGAAAAAGAUAUUAGUAGUCAAUUAAAACAAAUGGUACUUAAAUUUAUUGAAAGUCCAAAUGCUAUUAUUCUUGCAGUUACAUCAGCUAAUGUAGAUUUAGCUACAUCAGAUGCAUUAUCUAUUGCACGUGAAGUUGACCCAAAUGGAGAUAGAACAAUUGGAGUAUUAACUAAAAUGGAUAUUAUGGAUAAAGGAACAGAUGCAAUGGAUGUAUUAUAUGGAAGAGUAUAUCCAUUAAAAUUAGGAUAUAUUGGAGUAUUAAAUAGAUCCCAACAUGACAUUGACACUAAUGUACCUAUUAAAACAGCACUUACAAAAGAAAAAGAAUGGUUUUCUAAUCAUCCAAUUUAUUCAAAAAUUGCAGACCGACUUGGCAUUCCUUAUUUAACAAAAACAUUAAAUGAAAUUUUAAUGCAACACAUUAUGAAAACACUUCCAUCACUUCGUAUUACUAUUACUGAAAUGUUAAAUAAAACUAAAUUAGAAUAUAACAAAUUUGCAAUUGAAUUUGAUCAAAAAGAUGUUGCACUCUUAGAAAAAAUUAUUGAGUAUUGUACUUCAAUUCAACAAACAAUUAAUGGAGAGAAAUUUGAUAUUGAAAAACAUGAACUAAUUGGUGGUGCAAAAAUAUUUGAUGUUUUUGAGAAUGUUUAUCGACCAAUUAUUGAUCAACUCGAUUUAAUUAAAGAAAUUUCUGAUAAAGAUAUUAAAACUGCUAUGAAAAAUACAGAAGGAGUUAACUCAGCAUUAUUCCUUUCACAAGCUGCAUUUGAAAUAUUGGUCAAACAACAAAUUGAUAAAUUUACCGAUUCUUCUCAACAGUGUGUUGAUAAAAUUCGUAAAGAAAUGUCAAAUAUCUUUACAUAUGUUGCUUCUGAAGUAGUGGUACGAUAUGCUAAAUUAAGAGAUGCUAUAGUUAUUGCUUCUGAUAAUGUUUUAGAUAAAAAUUUAAAUAAAACACAUGAAAUGGUUAAAAAUUUGAUUGACAUUGAAGAAUCUUAUAUUAACACUAUCCAUCCAGAUUUUGAUGCAACUGAAAUCAUGCUAAAAGCAGGAAUAAAUGAUGCCACACCUUCAAAUGAACAAAAACCUCCUGUUGUUACUCAAGCACCACCAAAACCUAUUCCACAACAACCAACAACUAAACCUCCUAAAAAACAAUCACCUUCCAAAGGUGGGUUUUGGUUUUGGUCAAGCAAAGCAUCAGACGAAGAUGAAAAUAAUGAAACUCAACAACAAACCACUCCUUCAGUUCCAGUCCAACCAGAACCUAAAGUUGAACCAAUUGUAAUCAAUGCUACUGAUACAAGAGAACAAAGAAAUAUUAAAAUGAUGAGAGAAUUAACUAGAUCAUAUUUAAAUAUCGUAAGAAAAAGUAUCGAGGAUUUUGUUCCUAAAGCAAUUAUGCAUUUCCUCAUUAACCAAACAUGUAAAGAUUUACAAAAAGCAUUAGUUGAAGAAUUGUAUAAGAGUGAUAAAAUAAAUGAUCUUAUGAGUGAAAGUCCAGCAAUUACAACAAAGAGAGAAAUGUUAAAAAAGAAUUUAGAGGCAUUACAAAAAGCUUAUAAUAUUCUUGAAGGAAUUGUUACAAUCAAAGUUAAUUAA